AUGCUCUCCUCAGGCGUGCCUGCGGCUCUGCCGGCCUUGUGCGUGGCGCUGAUCGCUGGCCUUGGCUGGCGGACGAGCCCACCUCAGCCCGUGCCCGAGCCACCGAGGGAGACCCCCGUGUGGCUCGACGGGGUGGGCGACGGACCGAGCGCCGCGUCGCUGGGCCUGCACUUGGUGGUGAGCCUCUUCUCGCCCGUGUGGAUCUCGCUGGCGGACCGGUGCUUCAACUGCUGCCAGCGCCGCCAGGGACCAGGACACCAUGAGUGGUGCGCUGAUCUCCCCUGCGGCGCUCGUGCACGGGUGAGCUAUGACGGCGACAUCAUGGACCAUGAGCGCGUCGUGGUGUGGCCCUCGCGGCGUGUCGAGGAUGGCGAGCUGGUGGACCCUCACGUCUACUGGGUCCUCUCGCCGGACGGCGACCUGUGGGAGGAGCUGCUCUCGGGGGCCUCACCUGCUGAUGGCCCCUCGGGCGGCGAGCGCCUCGCCAACGGGGGUGCUGCUGACGGCCGGAAGCUCUACAGCUUCCGCGAGCGGCCAUCCCUCGCCAGGCUCGUGGAGCUAGCCGACGAGUGCCGUGUGGCGAUGGAGGCCCGCGGGCAGGUGGAGCUCGCCUCAGGCAGACUGCUGGAAGGCGGAGACGUCUUCCCAUGGGCCGGGCGCUGCCAGUCACCGACGGGGGAGUGGGAGACGCUCUGGCUGACGCCGCCGCAGGGACACGUCUGGGCGCUGGCCGAGCCCGUGCCCGACCUGGACAUCGGCACGAUCGUCGACCCGACGAGCGAGACGCUCAUCGGCGCUGGGGUGGACGCCCUCUGGCUUCGGCGGGGCAGGGCGCUGCGUCUGGAGCUGAUGCCGCGAGGCGACGUGGCGAGCUGGAAGUCGCGCCGUGUCGCCGAGCUGAGUCGCCUGCUGGAGGUGGCAGCUCCUGCGGCGGCGCCCGGCUCCCCCCCGCCUGACGGUGCCCUGGAGGCCGCCGCCGCCAGUGGCGCGGAGGGUCCUCCUGGCCCAGAUGGUGCUCCGUCGGCUGUCGCUCUGGCUGCCGCCGCUAGCGAUGACACCCGCACUCUCUGGGUCGAGCGGGACGACCAGGGUGAGCGAUACAAGGAGUUCAGGAAGGCCGUGAACGAGUCGCUGAGCUACGACUGGGGCCACCAGCGCUUGGAGGGGGGCCUGACGUGCUUGCAUACCUGCAAGAUGAUGCACCGCACGGCCGGCACCCCUCGGGCGUGGCUCGAGAAGUUCUUGCGCGACAAGAACAUCCUUCGGCCACUGGUGGAGGCGCUCGAGGAGGCCGGGUGCUUCGACCAGGUCAACCUGGGGGGGUUGGCCUGCCUGGAGGUGAUCGUGCGCCGGCUCAACGCGAUCGUGGGCGCCUACAAGCGCGCGGGUGCCCCCUCGCUCGCCAACGCCAAGUGCUUGGCUCCUCUGGGCGAGGCGGACGAGCUGAUGGCGCCCUCGCUGAGGAACCACGUCUCCCGCCGCGCCAAGGAGGACUGGGAGGUCGAGCAGUCUAUGAAGAAGGCCGAGGCGGUGGAUGCUCGUAGGGUGCCACCACAGGGGCCGGCGGUGGGGACAAGGGGCGAGGUCGCGGCGGCCGUGGCCGCGGAGAAGGCGCAGCCGGGGGAGUGGGCCCCCCCUGGCUGGUACCACAACUUGGCCCGCGCCUCGCCGCUGCCGCCGUCCGAUUUUGAGAGAGACCUUUUUCCCGUGCCGAUGAUGAUGGCGCCAGGCGACUCCGCUCGGGGACGCAGGUCUCAGCGUAGGACCCACGCUCGGCAGCAUGAGGUGGAAUUGGUGAAUCGCGCCCUCCGCAGCUUGAACUGGCUGGCGGGCUUCAAGGGCGCGGCCGCUUCACCGAGUCCAGGCGCGUCAACCCUGGACAAGCAUGCAGCCCUUCAGCAGCACCUGCUCCGUGAAGCUCAUCGGCGACAGGCCGCAGCUCCGGAGGUGAUGCCGACGGCGGAGGCAGCCCUGCGGGAGCUGCUCCGGGGGCAGUCCGUAUACGUGACGGACUCUGCCCCAAGGAACCUCGUCUCCUACCAGCCCGGCAAGGUCUCGCUGCCUGAUAGCGUGCUGGACUGCCGCUUCAUCGAGGACAUCGUGAGCCCUGGGUGCCGCUCUUUCCUGGAGGAGGAUCACAAGCGAAUGAGGUUGGAGCCGGAGACAGUGGACUUCGACAGCAUGCCGCGGUUGUACAUGGACCCAGUGCUGAAGAGGAAUUCUAAAUCUUAUCGUACCUUCUUGCGAGAUCUUGCUGGACGGGGACUUCUAGGAGUGACCGCCAGACCCGCCGAGUCGGUGGGCCUGUUUUUCGUAGCCAAGUCGAACGGGGCUCAACGUAUGAUAAUUGAUGCUAGGCGAAGCAACGGCCAUUUCAGAACGCCGCCAGGUGUGCAGCUCCUCAGUAGCGAGGGGUUCGGCCGGAUCGAGAUAGAGUUGCCGCUGGGUGUCUUGCUCUCGUCAGAUGAGGGGCAAAGGCUUCUGGGCGCCUUCACUGUCUACGUGGCCACCACCGACGGACGCGAGGACCUCGGCCGCUACUUCUGCCUUCCCGCCGUCCCGAAGCACGUGUUCGACGGGAUUCAGGUGACCGGCGUCCCUGGGGAUGCCCCGCCGGACGCUCUUGUGCGGCCCUACCUUGCCGUGCUUCCGAUGGGGUUCACGUGGUCGCUGUGCCUGGCCCAGGCCGCGAAUGAGGAUAGGGUGUGUCGUCGCCCCAGCCUGUGCAGGGCAAUGCCAGCCGGCAGACAACAGCCCUUGAUUCAGGACCAGGCCGAGGCCUUUGUGUUGCGGGCCGCCUCACGCGGGGUCGGAGGGGCUUACGUGCACGUGGACAACCUUGGCGCCGUCUCGGACGAUGCCGACCUCAGUGACAGGAUGUCGGAGUCCCACGGCGGCGCAGGUGAGGCUCUCGGCACGGAGCUCGACGGCGCCCGCCUCCGCUCGGGGAUCACCUCGAGCCGGUUUUGGAAGCUCGAGCGGGGCCUGACUGGCCUCCCCGCUCGGGGCCGCUGCAGCGGCCAGGCGCUUGAAAAAGUGAUCGGACAUUGCACCUUCUGCGGUCUGGCUGCCCGUGAGUCCCUUUCUAUCUUCCACGCCGUCUAUAAGUUCAUUUCGGAGCUCGUAGCCUUUAGAGGGGUCCUUUUGUUUCUGGGCCGCGACUGGUGGCUGCCGUGGAACCCCUGCGUUUUGGAAACCGACGCCAGCCUAGCGGGCUGGGCGAUGGCCCAAAGUUUCUGGGAGCCGUCCCAGGUCGCCAGCGUCGGUCGUGUCAGUGAGCGUUCCCGUUUCAAGCGUGUCGGGGCUCACUCCGCUCGGGAAUCUGCGCUCACUUCGGCCCACCUCUUCCGCGACGAGUCAGGCGAGUGGAGAAGCCAACUUUUGGGAGACGAGCCUCAGCUAGACGACGGGGAGGUCGUGGCGGAUUUUCCCGAGGUCCCCUGGCAGCUCCUCCGAGGCUCGGCCUGGAAAACCGUCCGGAAGGAAGUCUGGGGCCUCAGCGAGGGCAUUCUGGUGCUGGAGGCCCGGGCCUUGGUGAAGGCCAUCCGUAGGCUCGCCAGGACCAGAUACGGGUCCUGCAUCAGACAGUUUUUCUUGUGCGACAACAUGGCCGUCGUUCUUGCCUUCGCUCGCUCGCGGAGUCAGGACUUCAAGCUGCUAGUCCAGAUUCGGCGCUUCAGCGCCUAUGCCCUUGCCCUUGGCAUCGCCCCGUACUUUAGGUGGAUUCCCUCGGAGUUUAACCAGAGCGAUGCCGGGGGCCGGGAUCACUCAGAAGUUUCGUCCAAGUUGCUAACCGAUGUCCUGGAUCAGCAGGCACGCCUGGAGAGCCGCCCUUGCCAGCCGCCGUUGCCGCCCUCUGUGGCGCUCGAGGGCCUCGCUCCCGCGGGCGGCGCCGGCGACGACGUGGCGGGCGCCGGGGAGGGAGACGAGUCGAGUGGGUCCGACAGCUUAGUGAACCACGCGACUGCGGCCGCAAGGAGGUCUCGGCGCCUCCAGGACUCCCGGCGCCGGCGCCGCGCGGCCCUUUACACGGACAUGAUCAUGCAGACCGCAGCUGGCGGGCCCACCUUGCUGGAGCGACUGGCAGUGACUCGCCGGACGAGGGAGCGCUAUGCCAAAUAUCUCGAUCGUUUCUACUUGCAUGCCGACCUGACCGACGACGAGCUUGUGGGGAGCUCGGACGAGACCGUGGAUCGUUGGGUGUGCGACUACUUCACCGCGAUGUACCUGUCCGGGGAGCAGAGCAGCCUGGGGGGCCAGACUGGUGCCGCCCUCAUCGACCGACACCCGGCCUUUGGCCGACGGGGUGGAAGAGCCUUGCCGCGGACGUGGCGAGCGCUCAAGGCGUGGAGGCGGCUGGCGCCCUCGCGCACCCGCCGAGCGCUGCCGCUCGCCGUGUGGUCGGCAGUGAUGUGGCGUCUAGUGGACAAGGGCCUCCCGUUCAUGGCCCUGUUCCUCGCCGUAGGCCUCUCUGCCUACUCGAGGCCCUCUUCUCUGCUGACAGCUCGGAAGUGCGACCUGGUCCCGCCUUCGCGUGCUACAGUGGACAGCUGGAGCCUCCUAACGCACCCAGAGGAGGAGGGCCGACCGAGCAAGACGAAUCGCUACGACGAGGGCUGCCUCCUGGACUCGAGCUACCUUCGGGGGCUGGGUCCGCUGUUCGCCGAGCUCCGAGGGCACGGAGACAGGACCAAGCUGUGGCCCUUCACGUGCCUGGAGCUCUCGCAAGCGGUGCAGCUGGCGGCGGCCGAGAUCGGGGCUGGCAAACUGACGCUGUACCAACUCCGCCACUCAGGCGCGAGCAUCGACGCCAGCAGACGCACUCGCAGCCUAGAGGAGAUUCGAAGGCGCGGCUGCUGGGCUCAGGCGAAAAGCAUGCACCGUUACGAGCACAGCAGCCGCCUGAGCGCCGAGUACGAGCGCUUUCCCGCGGACCAGAGGCGCCUGUACGAGGCGUGCGAGGUCCAUCUAAUGAAGAUCAUGCUCGGCCAUGCUCACCCAGUCCGGUUCAGCCAUCGAAUGCUGACCUGGCAGUCGCGCGUGCCAAGCUGA